UGUGAAUUGAAAAGUUUCAGUUACGAUGAGGAAAAAAAGGUUCUGCAUUUUUCUUUCUUUACAAUGAAGAGGGGCCAUAAAAUUGAUGAUUCCAUUCUGAGCAAAGAAAUCUACAGAAACUUCUCGUUGACCCAAAUUAGACGGUUUAGAUUUAUAUCCAUCAUUUGUUUCGUAGCUACGCAAAGGUCACCAGUUGCCAAUGUCAACGUCUAUCGCGUUAUAAAUAAAGGAAGCCUUUUGGUUCUCUGCCUCAUUAUUUUCCAACAGAUCGAUAGAUGGCGGCUGGUCUUGGGUUUCGACGCUAUUUAUUGUGCAUCUUGUUUCUUCUUUCAAUCACUAUAUUUUGUGUUUCAGCCCGUAACUCCAUUUCUCUCUCAGGGGACGAGAUGAAAAUGCUGCAAGUGAGCCCACAGGAUUACGGUGAACCCUCCGCAAACAACAACCACUAUCCUGGCAGGGGCAGGUUCGAUGGUGGUGGCCGUGGCCGCGGUCGCGGCCGCAACAAGUGGCCAUGACAAUGUUGACUAUAUAUCCUCAUGAGCACACAUUUUCCGUACGUUGCACAAUAAAAAUCUGCUACCUCGUAUAUUUUGUACUUACUAUAUAUGAAGCCUCUGCCGUUCCUGCCAUUCGUGUUAUUUCAUGUGACUCUUUACAGAAAAUUCUUGUUCAGCAAGUGUUAGUGAGGCAUUUAAGGUCUAGGACCAAUGAAUUGAAGUAGUUUCAUUAUAUUGACAAGAUCUUCCUAUGAUGUUGAUACAGUUUCGUCUUUGUACACCCAGAAUAAAUGUGAUUUAUAUAUUAUUAAGCUUA